AUGGACUUCUUUUCUUUAGGACUUUCACCUACUUCACGUAAGUCAACUAAAAUAUUACGAGAAAUUAAUAAUAACAAUCGAAUCUCAUUACAAAUUAAACAGAAAUUUGAACAACUUAAUUUAACAACCAAAUCAUUCUUAACCAAUGAAUUAACAGUUUAUACCCAACAAUUACAAUUACAACAACAAGUAGAACAAGCAGAUGAUCAAUUGAUUCAAUUCCAAAACUUACAAGAUGCGUUUAGUGAAUUGUAUUUCUUAUUAGAUGUUGAAAACUUCACAUUUAAAAAUGUUGUAAAUCUUCAAUUAUCUCAACUAGAACAAAUCUAUAAUAAGAUUCAACCAUUAUCAAAUAUUGGACAAGUUCAUACUGACUUACAUUCUAUGUAUGAAACAACUAUUGAAUUGAUUAAUUGUUAUAUGUCAUUACUUUUAAUGUUAAACUUAUCCAAUUCAUUAAUUUAUAAAACAUUAAUAUUAAAGAAUCAACAAAUAUAUUGGGAAACUAUUCAUAAUUCAAAACGUAAUAAAUUAAUUUAUUUCAUUCAAAUAUUUCCUAUUAAGUUAUUUGGUUUCGUUAAAGAUCUCCUAAGCAAAGCUGGUGAUUUAUUACAGAAUAAAGAAUUCAAUGAUAAUGCAUAUAGAACAACUGAUACCGCUGGUACUGAAGAAGAUAAUGCCGUAUAUGGAUAUUGGUCCCUUUUUAAAUACUAUUCAGGAGCAUUGUUUAAUGCAUUUAAGAAUACAAUGACAAGUAUUUUAAUUCAUGAAAAACCGGGAAUGACUUUUCUUGCUAUAACUAAUAAAGCAUCUUCAUUGAAUUGGUAUAAGAAUUCAAUUAGAUAUCUCGUAACUGCGCCAAAUUCAAUUGUUCAUAAAGAUAUAAAAGAAAAAUUAAAUUUGAUUAAUAUUGAAAUUGAUAAGAAUAUUGGCAUGAUUGAUAGGUUAAUAAAGACAAAUAUAAAUGAUAAAUUUGAAACUUUGAAUUCUUUAGAGUCGAUUCUUCAAUUACAACAACAACAACAAGAACCAGAAACUUACCGAAUUUCACAAAUGAUCUCAACAAUAACCCAAUUUGAUAAAUUGUCAUACUCCGAAACUGAUAAACCAUCAUUCAUAACUCGUUACUGGCCAAUCCUUGCACUUCUUAUAAGAUACGGUCCAUCGCAAUCAGUCAAUAUCUAUAACAAUUCCGAAGAAAUCAUUUCCUGGAUAAGAUACAAUGGAAUAGAACCAAUUAUCGGCUUUGUCAAAAACUGGUUAAUCCGUCCAAUUAAUGAAAUGUUAAACAUUUUACGUCGUGAUGAAGAAAUAUCAAUCACAUCUAAAGAUUCACUUAAGUCAGAUAUAUCGUCUUUAGAAUCUAUGAUGAUUGAAUUCGCCAAUGAUAAUAAUAUAACUGACAUUACUCCAGAAAUUAUUAAACAAGAUGUUUCAAAUGGAGAUAUGAAAUUGAUUAUGUCAAGAUAUGAGAAUGAAAUCCGUUCACCGGUGAAAUAUAUCCUACUGGGUUCAUUACUUCGAUUAAUCCUAAUCCAAGUCCAGAAAGGAAAAGUAGAUGGUGGUGUUGCCAUAAAUGGAAUAGAUAAAUUAUUGAAAUCUCAACAAUUGGUAUUUGGAAUUGUUUCAAUGAGUCCAUCAUUAUUUAUCACUUAUCAAAUCUAUCAAUAUCUCACAUCGGCAAGACCAAUUGUUGUGAAUGGAAAACAAUUGAAUAUAGUUUGUUUGAAAUCAUUAAAUAAUAUAGAGAAUUUACUAGUAAUGAUAAAUAACGGAAAAGAUCAUGACAAGAAUGAUUAUGAAGGUAGGUUAUUGAUUGAGAUUAUUAAUUUGAUUGUGAGUUCUGAUUUAAUCAUUCCGAGAGUCUUACAUGAUGAUUGGAUUAGAGAUUUGAAUGAAUUGAAUAAUAGUCUGUUUGAUAUUGAAACCAAAUUGAAUUUAAUCCGUAAGAUUUGGAAUAUGUAUGGUCAUUAUUUUAGAUAA